GCUAGCUUUUAUUGAUGGGAGCGUUGAUACCAAGCUUUCCUUAUGCCCCAUGGAAACGAAUCCAAAGACAGCAAAGCAAAGGUUGAACCAUGGCAGAGAAAGAAAGCAUCUUUACACAGCUAAGUUCUCUUUACUUUUCACCAUGAGCAAUCCCAUAUCUAAUCGGUCAUUGCAUUCUUCUCAUCUUUGAGGGCUCGAGCCUGCCGGCCAUGGCCAGAAUGGAAGGAGCAAUCAUCUGCCUGCUGAUUGUUGUCAUGGAUGUAGUUGCCGGUGUGCUCGGAAUAAAAGCCGAGGAGGCUCAAAGCAAGGGGAAGCACCUGAGGCUCUUCUUCCUCGAGUGCAAGGAGCAUGUUCACCAGGCCUACAAGUUGGGGCUGGCAGCAACUGCGCUCCUCGCGCUGUCGCAUGUCAUCGCGAAUGUGCUCGGUGGGUGCCCCUGUGCGUGCUCCGGGGAUGGGUUCCGGAGGUCUUCGCCUAACAAGCUAAUGGCCGCAGCCGCUCUACUCCUUUCAUGGAUUGUGGUCAUCGUUGGAUUGACGAUGUUGAUUAUAGGAGCAAUAUCUAAUUCGGAGUCAAGGCCGACUUGUGGGCUUGCUCAUCCUCGUUUCCUGUUUAUUGGUGGAAUCAUGUGCUUCGUGCAUUCGCUGUUCUGCAUCGUCUACUAUGUUUCAGCCAUUGCGAGCUGGAAAGAAGGGAAGGCUCACAGGGACACCAGAUCUCAAGAGAGCCACGCUUGAGUACUUCCAAGAACAGCUACUGAAGG